AUGCCGUCAGACCUGACGCCGUCUCGGCGCAAAAAUCGAGGUUUCUUGGGGUCUGACAGCUCUGCACUGUCUGCGCAGGAUUCUCAGGAUCGCCGCCAACUCCGAUAUGAAUUGGACCUCAACUCCUGGAACCUACGCAUUUGGGGGGUUGCGGCUUCUGGAUUUCUUACCGACUCUUACAACUUGUUCUCCACCAAUGUUAUUCUCGCCUCCGUUGCUUUCGUAUAUUAUCCCGAUGGUGGACAAUGGCCAAGUCUUCUCAUCAACCUUUUCACAUUGCUGGGUUCGGUCUUCGGCCAGUUGCUUUUCGGAUUCCUCGCCGAUUACUUUGGUCGUACUCGAUUGUAUGGCAUCGAAUUAGUCUUGGUCAUAGUCUCUACCAUUGGAGUCGCUACGAGUAGCCGUGGAGUUGGGGAUUUGUCAUUUUUGGGACUCUUCAUCUGGUGGCGUUUUGUCAUGGGAAUUGGAAUUGGGGCCGAAUACCCACUCAGUGCAGUAAUUACAUCCGAAUGGUCCAGUACGCAAUCUCGAGCUACAAUGCUCUCGAGUGUCUUUCUUAUGCAACCUAUUGGACAAGCCUUGGCUCAGUUGGUGGGAUUAUGGGUAUUACUUGGGUUUAACAGCUCCAAGGAUCUUCAGGGUAUGCAAUGUGGUCUGAAUACUGCGAAUGCAGACGAAUGUCGGAAGGCUGUAGACGGCAUUUGGCGCAUCGUCAUUGGCUCAGGAGCGAUUCCAGCUCUUCUUGCCAUCAUUUUCCGCUUCUUCCUUUUUGAUUGUGGCCUGUACAGCCUGGAAGUCCGCAACAAACCAGCAGUGGCCAUCAUGAACACCCAACGAGUAUACGGCGCGCCUUCAGGUGGUGCACUCAGCAACUCUUUUCAGAUGCAGAAUCAGAAUGGCGUACAUCCGGAACCAUCUCCGCGGCCAAUGCCAAUACAAUUUUCCAAAGAAGAUCUUUACAGCUACUUCAUCAGAGAUGGCAACUGGUACUACUUGCUUGGAACAUCCAUGACAUGGUUCUUCCUCGAUGUCAGUUUCUACGGCCUUUCUUUGGAUAACAGGAGGACAUUAUCCGAUAUGUGGGCUACGAGAGCGCCCAUGCCCAUCGAUGAGAACCUGGAAUGCUGGGCGUCGUCAAUACCUGGCGGAAAUUCAACCGUUCCGCAAUGGCGCAAAACGGGCAUCCCCGUUUGGCAGACGGACGUUUUACAUCCUUGCGCAACCAUUUACGAUGUCUUGAUUGAGCAGACCAAGCAAUACCUGCUGACGGUCUCUCUAGCUUCCAUCGCUGGAAGUGUUUGUUUCAUCUUCUUCGCCAACCGACUGCCUCGCCGGCACUGGCUGACUGCGUCAUUUCUUAUUCUGGCGGUAUUCCUGAUGGUCACCGGCGGUGUUUACUAUGGCGUCCACCGCUCUUCUGCCGCCCCAGCUACAGUCGUGUUUGUUGCCAUUUGCCAUUUUGUAUUCAAUUUUGGUGCAAACACAUUAACAUUCAUCAUCCCGGCCGAAAUCUUCCCGACCUGCUACCGCUGCACAUGCCACGGCAUCUCUGCAGCCGCUGGUAAACUAGGUAGUAUCGUAGCUGUCGUAGUAGUAUACGGCAUUAACUCCGCAUACAAGAGCGAAACAAGACAGGGUCUCAUCUUCCUGCUCUUCGGUUCAGUGGCCGCUGUCGGCGCCAUCUUUUCGUGGUUGUACCUCCCUGAUUCGCAGCGCGUGAUAGAAGACGAGGGCAAGAGAUUCUUGGAGACCAAGGACCUGGAAGAGUUGGGAGAAGGACGUGAGAGAGCUCGACAGAACGGCGAGACAAUCACAGUAUCAGAGAAGUGGGAGCACUUGAAACGAAGACGGCCGCUGCAUCCUCGCAACGAGUCGCCAGCUUCUUGA